AUGCUGUCUUGCCUCUGCAACCGCGGCCGCCGCAAAAGGAGCGGGGCAGCGGACCGUCCCGCCACCGCUCCCACGGCCUUGCGCAGCAGUACUGCGACUGCCAAUCCACCUCCUCGACCAGCUUACGGCGACGUCGGAAAAGGCACAGGCUCCAAAAGCCGCGUCGCAAAAGAUGGCGGACUGGUUAUCUUGGGCGCCGGAGCCGGUGCUGCUGCAGCGCUAGCGACAACAGCCGUUGUUGCCAGUGCCUACGACGGCGGAGGGGGCGGCGAUGCUGGGGGUGCCAGUGGGGGAUGUGGUGGCGGCGGAGGGUGCGGUGGAGGCGGGUGCGGUGGUGGAGGUGGCUGUGGCGGUGGCGGGUGCUGA